AUGCAUACACAGUCCACAACACUAUACACAGCACCAGAUCAAGCAAUGUCACUGCAUGUGAUGGCAGAACAAACUGAAAAGCAGAUUCAGUCUGCUAUACUAGAUCCUCCAAUACAGGACACAUCAUUACAGGUUGUAAAAGUGCAAGCUAGCCAACUUCAGAAUAAGCUUCAAGUAUGCAAGAAGUUUGAACUUUUUUCCCUUUUAAAAUAA